AUGGAUAACCAAAACCAAAACACAAACCAAACCAACCAACCUACCAACAACUUUCCUUUCGAGGAAAAAUCGACUUCGGAUGAUCAACCGAGCCGAUCCUGGAAAACCGAAAGGUCCAAUACCAACGAGGACUAUGAAAACGGCGACGACAACGUCUUCGACACAGAUCAAGCGGCUCUCGAUGAGUUUAUGAGUGUUUCCCUGACGGACCAAGGCAACCGCUCCGACGACGAAUCCAUGGAAACCGAUUUAUUCAUCGAUGAAGAGCCCGACGAAAGUCACGCCGAAAGCGACGCCAUGAGCAUUACAUCUUUAGAGACAAUGCCUGGCACACCUUGCCGAGACGAGUUAGACCCAUCAGCUCUACAAGAUGAUUGUUCGCCCGGCGAAGUCAUCAUCGAACAGCCAAAUCCACCGAACACCCCGGUUGAAACCGCCUUCAAAACUAAUGGAUCUGACCCAACAGAUCUCCGGCGAGAUUUUGACAGACAAGUGCGACGAAAUCUCGGUAAGCUCGAAGUUACCUACACACACAAUGAGCGUGGACAGCGGCGAUGUCCAGUUCAAUGUGGCUCAGUCGCGCACCUGAACUGCCAGAAUAACAGAAAGCGAAACUUCGAGGGAAACAGAGUCAAUCAGGCCUACGCAACAAGCCGACCUCAUGCAGGUACUGGCCAAGCAUCGUACAGAACGGCGAUUGGCUCUAAAUUCAAUAAUGACCGCAAUCGAUGGCUAAAACAAGAAAAGCUCAAACCGCACCAGCGAAUGCCUUACAAGUACAGCCCAUCAGAGAUCACGGUCUACCCGAAAAAAAUGAGCGGAGUUUCGAAACGGGACCUGGAUAAAGCGCUAAAGGCAAACGACUGGCGAAAGAUCAGAUCGGCACUUUCCGACAUCGCAAACAAUCGAGAAUGCCUAUCCACUUACAUGAUCAAACGACUGAAUCGCCAAGUUGAGCUUGCCAUAUACAAAGGGGGCCUCCCUCUCAAAAUAACUGACCCAUUACCACUCAAAUGCCUCCCAAGAUUCUUCCGAGCGAGCAUAACGGCCACAUACCUCUGUGACCCAGGCUUGCUGCUCCGUUACUUCAACUUUCCAUCUGCUUCCUACAAACUCAAUCGCAUCAGCAAUGCGGAAAUCUUGUGGAAACGACUUGGGCAGCGAGAUUCUAUCAAGUACUACCGCCUCGCAUUCGCCCAAGGAGCCAGACUUGUUGAACGAAUCCAAUAA